GAGUGGAGUAUAAAAUCGUAACUUCAUAUUGAAGAAGUCUCACGCAAACCAAAAUUUUGGUUCAUCUCUCAGCUCUCAAAUGUCUAAGAUUCAUCCUCUCAUAAUACUCAAUAGUAGCCAUGAAGCUCCUUCUAGCUCUACUGCUAGUACUUCAUCGUGUUCUAACAAGUACAUGACUUCAAAGAGAGAAACAUUCACCAUAUGGAUGAAAUCGCUUGUGAUGCAAGGAAACGGAUGCACUGCGUUUGAUGAAAGUGGAGAGAUCGUUUAUCGAAUCGAUAACUACGACAACAAGCACAGCAACGAAGUUUAUCUCAUGGAUCUCCGGGGCAAGCUUCUCUUCACUGUUCGUGAGAAGAAAAUGUGUGGUUUUCUAAGCUGGGAGGGCUACAAAAGCAACACUUUUGUUGGUGCCAAUAGGCCAAUGUUUCGAGUGAGGAAAAGUUGUAGAGGAAUUCUUGGAAAUAAUGAGUGUUCUUAUAAAGUAAGCAUGGGAUCUGAGACCAGUUGCAGCUACAAGUUAGAAGCCUUGGGGGGGAAAUCAUCAGCAUUUAGAAUUACAGACAGCAAUGGAGGAUUUGUAGCAGAGGCAAAGAGAAAGCAGUCAAGUUCAGGAGUUGUAUUGGGAGAUGAUGUGCUGAGUUUGGUGGUGGAGGCUCAUGUAGAUCACUCCCUUAUCAUGGCCCUUGUCACUGUUUAUGGAUUAAUUAGACAUCAAUUAUGAGCUUUACAUCUUUAGAGCUAGUAACUCUGAUUUCUUUUUCUUUUUUUCGUUUUUGGUCUAUGUGAAUACGACCGAUUUUGUGGUUAGCAAUGUUGUUACUCAUGGGGUUUUUUCCUCUCGUUUCCUUUUGUUGAAAUUUUUCCUGAUAUUAUUGUACAUUUUUAUUGAGAUUUUGUGGGAUUGAGCAGGUUAA